AAUAGAAAAUAGAAAAUAGAAAAUAGUAAGAAGAAAAAGAAAACACAAAGAAGAAGCGGAUUCGGUCUCUCGAACGCCGAAAAGUUAUUCUGUGCCUCUCAUAAGUCAUAACCCCUUUCUCACCAUUUCGAAAUUCGAACCAGGCUUAGCGGCGAAGAAGAACAAGAACAACGAAAUGAGAUCUCCUUUGGCCAAAACGGUGCGUUUUCUAGGUACAUGAUUUUGCAGGUUUUGCGAAGUCAUCAGGUUUUUAAGUAGAAAACAGAAUUGGUUGAGUGCAUUUUAGACCGUAGAAAGAGGAAUGGCUGAUGCGAUAUCGAGCUUCUGGGGUCCUGUCACAUCAACGAUCGAGUGUUGUGAGAAGAACUAUGCCUACUCUUCUUAUAUUGCGGAAUUUUUCAACACCAUGUCGAACAUUCCCAGCAUACUCUUGGCACUCAUUGGUCUUAUAAAUGCUCUAAGGCAGCGGUUUGAGAAGAGAUUCAGUGUUCUUCAUAUAUCUAAUAUGAUACUUGCCAUUGGGAGCAUGUUAUACCACGCUACACUGCAGCACGUGCAACAGCAGAGCGAUGAGACUCCUAUGGUUUGGGAGAUGCUCCUAUACAUGUAUAUCCUCUACUCCCCAGAUUGGCACUAUCGCACUACAAUGCCGACCUUCCUCUUCCUAUAUGGUGUUGUUUUUGCUGCAGUUCAUUCAGUGGUCCGAUUUGAGAUUGGUUUUAAGGUGCACUAUGUGAUCUUGUGUCUUCUUUGCAUACCUCGAAUGUACAAGUAUUAUAUAUACACACAGGACGUCUAUGCCAAGAGGCUCGCAAAGCUGUAUGUGGUCACUCUUCUUAUAGGGAGUUUGUGUUGGCUCGGCGACAAUGUUUUCUGCAAAGAGAUAUCCAGUUGGCCCGUUAACCCACAAGGUCAUGCCUUGUGGCAUGUAUUCAUGGGUUUUAAUUCCUAUUUUGCAAACACUUUCUUGAUGUUUUGCCGGGCUGAACAACGAGGAUGGGCUCCUAAGAUUGUUCGUUUUAUGGGUCUCUUGCCCUAUGUGAAGAUUGAAAAACCAAAAACCCAAUGAGACUUGAAGUAAAUGGCAGGAUAUAGUUUCAGUUGAGACCAUCUACGUUUGAGAGGAACAUCAGGAAGCAGAAGGCUGGAUUUUUAUUCUUUUAGAUUGGAUAUUAUCUUAAAUUUUGUUUUAGAAGUAGAACGUGUAACAUACUUUAAGCUUUGGUUUGUGGCAUUGUGCUAGAGGGGCUUACCUUUUUUGAUUUUCAAAAACUUUCUCGAUUCCAUCUUGGUUUUGUUAUUAGAUUUUGAGGGUCAUGAUUGUAUUUAUUGUGUUAUUGUGACUA